GCCUGUUUCGCGGCGUACGCUAAUCUCGAUCUCGGAGAAGUGCUGUCGCAGAUGCGAUUUGGUUUGGUUCGAGGUCAAAUUCAUGGCGGUCACGGCGUCUACUUCGUCACCGGCGGCUCGGGAGGCGCAUCGGAAAAGCUCUCGUAACCGCCGACAUGGACGGAAAUCUACUGUCUCUGAUCUGCUCAAACACCCGAAACUACCCGUUGCUUUCGCUUGCUUUCUGCUCCUCGCCGAUGCCGUCCUCGUCGCUCUCAUCAUUGUCUACGUCCCGUACACGAAGAUCGAUUGGGACGCUUACAUGUCACAGGUAAGUGGGUUCUUAGGGGGAGAAAGAGACUAUGGGAACUUGAAAGGCGAUACAGGACCGUUGGUUUAUCCGGCGGGCUUUCUCUAUGUUUAUUCUGCAGUGCAGUACAUAACUGGAGGCGAUGUCUCCCCUGCCCAGAUUCUGUUCGGUGUUCUCUACAUCGUCAAUCUUGCGAUUGUCUUGUUCAUCUAUGUCAAGACCGACGUGGUCCCAUGGUGGGCGCUUAGCCUAUUGUGCUUGUCCAAAAGAAUACACUCUAUUUUUGUGCUCCGUCUCUUUAAUGAUUGUUUUGCGAUGACUCUCCUUCAUGCAUCAAUGGCCCUCUUUCUCUAUCGGAAAUGGCAUCUCGGUUUGCUUGUUUUCAGCGGUGCUGUUUCAGUGAAGAUGAAUGUACUACUAUAUGCUCCACCGUUGUUACUACUGCUGCUUAAGGCUAUGAGUAUAAUCGGUGUGGUCUCAGCUUUAGCCGGUGCGGCCCUUGUACAGAUUCUUCUGGGUUUACCCUUUUUGAUUUCAUAUCCGGUUGCUUACAUAUCGAAAGCUUUUGACCUUGGGCGUGUCUUCAUUCACUUCUGGUCUGUUAACUUUAAAUUUGUUCCCGAACGAGUUUUUGUGUCAAAGGAAUUUGCGGUCUGCUUGCUGAUCACUCAUCUUUGCCUCCUCCUGGUGUUUGCAAAUUAUAAAUGGUGCAAGUUUGAAGGCGGACUUCUGAGCUUUAUGCGUUCUAGGCAUUUCUUCAUGAGGAUGCCCUCUUCGCUUUCGUUAUCUGAUGCCUCCACUUCACUUGUCCUCAAGAAAGAACAUAUUGUGACGACGAUGUUUGUGGGGAACUUUGUCGGAGUUGUAUGUGCUCGCUCAUUGCACUACCAAUUCUACUCAUGGUACUUCUACUCGUUGCCUUAUCUGCUAUGGAAAACUCCGUUCCCGUCUCUGCUGCGUUUGGUGGUGUUAGUGGGGGUGGAGUUGUGUUGGAACGUGUAUCCUUCGACGGCAUUCUCGUCCUUUGUGCUGUUAUGCCUCCACUUCCUCAUCCUGUUCGGUCUCUGGUCUGCUCCUUCAGACAAUCCUUACCAUGAUCCCUCCUUCCCUCCAAAGCACGAAUAACUAACUCUACAGACCUUGGCGUUAAAGCUGUUCAGGCUUUUCUUUUCUCAUUGGCUUAAUAGUUCAAAAAUGCGAUGUAAACUAUGGGACUUUUACUUGUUAAGAGGUUGGAACAAAAUUCCAUA